AUGUCUGCCCACACCAAGCUCCACAGCAAGGCCGACUUCGACAAGGCCCUCGAGACGCAGGGCCGCUAUGUGCUGAUCCACGCCUACUCCGGCUCCGUUCUCGACAAGGCUGAGGAGUUCGCCGCCAAGUACAAGUCCAACUGCGAUGCGUACGCCGUUGAUACUUCGGAGGAGCCGAAGGUGAUGGAGUACUUCGGUAUUACCCAGACUCCAGCUGCGCUGCUUUACAAGGAUGGCCAGCAGGUGAAGAAGGUUGAGGGAAGGGGGUCCGGGAUUGAGGACAUCGAGAGCCUGCUUAAGCAGUAG